UCAUCAAGCGGAAGUGCGUCAUUACGCUAUUACGUCGCCAUUUUGUGGUCUUUGCUAACGGGGUAACAGCUCAAACUGCGUGGCUUUUCUCUUUUUGGGUCAGUUUUUAUCAAUAAAGUGAUUCACAAUGGCUAUGCAAGCAGCGAAACGAGCUAAUAUUCGGUUGCCUCCCGAAGUGAACAGGGUCCUCUACAUUAGAAACCUGCCCUAUAAAAUCACAGCAGAAGAAAUGUACGACAUCUUUGGGAAAUACGGACCAAUCAGACAGAUCAGAACAGGAAACACACCUGAAACCAGAGGAACAGCAUAUGUGGUUUAUGAAGACAUCUUUGAUGCCAAGAACGCUUGUGACCAUCUCUCUGGCUUCAAUGUCUGUAACAGAUACUUAGUGGUGCUGUACUAUAAUGCAAACAGAGCUUUCCAGAAAAUGGACACAAAAAAGAAAGAGGAACAGCUGAAACUUCUAAAAGAAAAAUACGGAAUCAACACAGACCCUCCAAAGUAGUGUUAUAUCAACAUUUUUUUCUUUUUUUUAUUCCUCUAUUGUACAGCCUUUUUUUUUUUUUUUUUUUUUUUGUUAAUGGCAUUCAUAUUAGUAAUUAUUUUCUUUGCUUACAAACUUGUUGAAAAAUGUGCUCUGGUAGGCUUUGUUUCUUACAGCCUUAAUUUUUGUCAGAAAACUUAAUUUAAAGAAUCAUUAUGCUCACUUAAGUCUUGAAAUUCAAAACAUCAUUGCAAAUAAAUGUGGUUUUCCUAAGAAAAAAAAAACAAAACUAAGUGUGUAUGUAAUUUUAAGUGCCAGGACCUGUCGUGUAUGGCACAAUUGUCAUGGAUACAUAAUGAGAGGAUGCAAAAGGGUUAGCAUUUUAUUUUCUCUUUCUAUAUUUGUAAUGUAAGGAUUUAAGCUGUUGACACAUAAAAACUCUUUCAUUUUGGGAAAUUAUUAUCGGAAAUGUUUUUCUUGCACCCUCUUUUGGAAGUCUUUCCAUCCCCAUGACACUGAAUGUCUUAUCCAAUUGUAGAGAUUUAGAAUGAACUGGUCACAACUGUUUCAUAUGACAGUGUUUUACUGAGACCCAUUUUGUGCUGUGCAACAGGUACAUUUAGUGGCACAAACUGUCUAGAGCAGUGUGUGUUCAACUGGACAGCUCUCGUACUUUGAUGAAUUGCUGGUCUGUCCACGAAUACAAAUAUUGAUGUCAAAAUAAACAGGGUAAUCAAUUA